GGGGGUCCGUCAGGGGGGAGAUUGAACCUGGCUCAAACGAACUCACACCUGGCAGACGGGCAGGCAGUGCUGGCGGGGGCAGCGUCGGCAGCGGUGGCGUCUUGGGGGUCGGUGUCGGCGCUGGCGGGGGUGGCUCGGGGAGCCGAGGUUCCUCCGGCGGUGGUGGCCGCUCGAGGGACGAGCCUAGAAGGCACACCCUCGGCGGCGAUCAUCAACCGUCCCUUCAUCAUCAGCAAUUCAACGCAGCGCAGCAGCUGCAUCCCCUACACCCACAUCAUUUGCCGCCACCACACGGCCAAUACGGCACCCCGCCAUCACGACACACCACUAUGGAUCUCGAGAUGGGGACCAAGUCUCGCCAGAGAAAGUCGCCUCUUCCGCGCGGGUAUCCGCCCCCAUCUUCGACGAUGCUCUUCGAUGACGACCCGGGCAUUAUGUCCGAGGUGGAGACCUCCAGCACAGGAUUUCGACGAGGUGGCAAGCAAAGAAGCAGCUUGCCCGUUGUACGAACACCCAGCAAAACUUUGGAGCGACCACUAGGACUGGUGUUCCUGCAAUACAGGAACGAGACGAAGAGGGCAUUGCUACCAAACGAGAUCACCAGUAUAGACACGGUCAAAGCCCUUUUCGUUAGAAGCUUUCCAAAACAACUCACCAUGGAAUAUCUAGAUAGUCCCCACGUAAAGGUUUACAUACACGACAGCAACAAGGACAUGUUCUAUGAACUCGAAGAUUUAAGAUCGCAUCUGAGAGAUAUCAGGGAUCGCAGCGUUCUGAGACUUUUCGAGAGGGGACCCUUGGGAGUACCAGGAGGUGGCGGCGGUUUACCGCCCCAUUGGGAAGAUCAGAGCUACUUCAGCGAGCCAGAAUUCGACAGCGAAUAUCAGCAUCAGCACAUUCACAAGAGCAAGACGGCCAAGAACUCGACGUCCGGUAGCGGAUAUUACGUGGGCGGAAGCAGCACCCUGCCGCGCGGUGGAUCGCUCCUAAGGGCGUACAGUCCGGCGGCGUCGAGCGUCGGAGGGCCGAACGCGACGCCGACGCAGCCCAAGACUCUUACCACACCAGGUGGUGGCGGGGUGCCGCCGGCCAAGCCGCUUCGCAGCUACCAGUGUGGUAAGAGUCCCCUUGGAAGCCUCGGGGGCUCGGCGCGCUUCUCUAGAGACAGCUCGGUCUCCCUCUAUAGUAUACCAGAUCGACUACACGGAGAAAGCGGAUACAUGAGCAGCCCUGAACGUGGUGGCGGCGUCGGUUCCGGAAGCGGAAGAUAUCCACCCGGGCCUUACAGCGCCAGUAGCAGUUACGAAGAUCCAUAUUAUUCGCAAUAUUCGGGCACCGUUACUCCCGUUAUCGAUGAAGAAGCCAGGAUAAGAGUGGAGCACAUGGAAAGACAGUUGGCCAAUCUGACCGGUCUCGUGCAGAAAGCUCUGACACAUGCUCCGCACACCAGCCCUUCGCCACGAGAAUACUUGCAAGUCCCGCCAGGACGAGAUCCUUACGCGAGAGCCGCAGGCGCCGGGGAUGAGUUCGACAAACAUUCUAGCUCCAGCUCUGCCUCACUGCCAGUGUCUCAACCUGCCGUUACAGAUGACUCGUACUUAAGGACUGACGUUAAACCGCCAAAAUUAGGCAAAGACAAGUCGGUGUCGUUUGAAAAGUCAGUGUCCUUCAGUGACGAGCCACCAGACAUGAACUCCCCCAAACAACACUCCCCGCAACAUGCAGCGGACACAAAACCCACGAAACCGGCAAUCAAAUCCUCCACGUUGCCGAGGAUGUCGUCGCAAGAGAGGGACAGGCACAAACCGACGCCACCGCCGAAACCGGCCGCGCUGGUGGCCGGCCAAUACGUAUACAGGGACCUGGCGCUCACACCGGAAAUGUACAAUCAACUGCGGGGUCUCCAGAAGAAAGCGAAAGACCUCAGGCAGGAAGUGAGGAAUCUCAGGCGCAUGUCGCAGGCACAGGCCCAUACAGUGCGCGAAACGAUCAGGGACACGUUCAUCACCAUUAGGGCUAUGCUAUUGUCAGGAGGAGAUGCGGCCUGGACAGCUGGAGACACAGAGAAGAUUCGACUGAGUCGCGAGGAAGACCUCUACAAGCAAGAAAUGAUAAGGCUGGAAAAAGAUCUCACCGAGCUGGAGAGCACCGUGGAGGAGCUUCGCGGUAACGUGAUCAAUAGAAAGACGCGUGUCAAUAUGUCGGAUGUAGAGAAUAUGGCUUUGAUAUUGAGUAAAUCCAGCAAAACUGUUGCUGACCUCAAGGUACGUUUCCCGAGUCUGCAGGAAGGUAUGAAGGGUCUACUUAGCUCCGAAAUGGAAAAAGUGGUGCGCGAGGAGAAGUUCCUCAAGGAAGAACCCGAACGAUUAGAGUCCGCGUUGAGACGUUGCAAGAAACUCACCGGCACAUUAGUGACGCUCAAACGCUUGGCGUCGGUGCAAGAGCAGCGAUUACCAAACGCAGCGAGCGUGGAUGCCGAAGAAACGCCACCAAUAACACCGACGACGGCACAGCAUUCCAAGGCAGCUGCCCCUGUGCCAGCGGAACGCACUGUCGUGGGGUCAGCGAGCGUCCUCGGGGGAGGGAGCCACCCUCACGAGUCACCCGCCGACCCUCAGCAGCGUCCGGAGAACGCACUCGACGCUCUGCUAGAUGAACUGCAAACCUUCUCGCGACCUGGCUCGCAGAUGGGCCACGUGUCUAGCAGUCUGUCAGUGCACUCGAGCCCGAACGUGCUCCUGGCUGACAUCGGCCGCGCUUCCAGCCUACGAGAAUCGAGCAUCACGGCAACCACCAGCGGCGGCAGCGGCAAUCGCGCGCCCAAUAUCAGCGACAUCGGUCGAAAGGGCAGCGUGGAUUCGUCGAGUGGUACCCUGACCGCGAUCUCUGCCUCAGCCGUCAUGGUGGGCUUGCCCGGGAUGGCACCGGGUGCCAGCGGCACUCUGCGUCGUCUACAUUCAUACCCAUCGAGCUCGGAUACCGACACCUCGCCGCCCAUCGCCAGACUGCAGGCGUUGUCGCUGCAGGAGCAACAACUAUCGCAGCCUACGGGGAUGCCGGUGUUACCGCAGGCCUUCCUACCCGGGCAGAAGCCGCCGGUUCCGGAACGGAACGUCGAGCUACUGCAGCUGGCGAGCGCCAGGAGAGUACCGCCGCCACCGCCGCCGCGCACUAGCUCUCGAUCACCUCUGGCGAGCCCGACCAGCCCCCAACUGCCGCCCAGGAAUCAUCCGUGCACUCUGCAGAGCGGCAACGCGACUUUACGUCGACCUGUGACACGCGGCGGCAAACCGCCCAUGGCCCUACCGCCAGAUACUACCACGAUGAUCCUGUCCACGACAGAACAGAUCGGCGGGGACCGGUCAGCGCCGUCGAACGUGGCUGCCCCGAUACACAACUCGUCGUCCUCGCAAUCCUCCGCAGUGCUGUCGACCAGCAACUCAAGUUCCUGCGAGAGUGUUAACUCGCAGGAAGGCCUGCAAAGUAAGCGCGGCAGACAGGAGCAACUGGAGCAACGGCAUCAGGAGCUCCUAAGGAAACAGAAGGCCCUACAAGAACAAUACGCCAGGCUGCAGCAGCUACAAAGGAACGCGGCCGGUCUCACCACUGUACCGCCAACGCCACCCGAUCUCCUGAAGAAAACCGGUUCUGAGAGUAAUCUCCUCGCGAAGAUGGGCCUCGGUCUAAGCGCCGCGAGUUCCGGAUCUCUCACCAGUCUCAGUAUCAAACCGCAGAUGGUUUCGCAGGAGGCUAUCGGCGAUGCUAAUCAAGUGACCAAGAUCGAGAUCACCAAUGGACAGAUACUCCCGAUGACUUUCGCGACAACUACGACAACAACGACGACAACCAGCAACCAGAUUGUCCCAGUAGGCGUCCCCACCUCCAUGACGGUAGUGUCGGCCUCAACAACCACCGGCUCGGCCACAACCGUCACUACCAUGUCCACUACGACCACCAGCAAGGUCUACGAGACGGAUAUUCUGUGACCGAGAAGCCGCUCGCUGAUCGGCUGCUCGACCGUCAAGGUUGCCGCUGAAAUCGCGCUGGCGAGUAGUUAACACGGCCGGCGAGAUCGCGAGGCCAUUAUAUCACGUGGUCCUUGAUCCUCCUCGAUCAAAAAAAAAAGGAACGAGGGAUAAUGAAACGGGAAUGGACACGACGAAGAAUAGAAUAGAAAAGGGACAGGAAUUGGUAGAAUUAAGGAGAUCAAACGGGAGACACGAAAACGACUGACGGAGAGACACAAAUACGAAAAAACAAAGAAAAAGAACACAGAGAAGGAAUAAGAAAAAGAAGAGAAAAAUUACUCCGCCAGUCUUCACCAUGUACGCGCAACAUCUAAUUUGCGAAAUAAGCGUAGAAUAAAGCGUAGAAACUUAGCGCGAGACGUAAUGCGUAAGAACAUAAUACCGCACUAAUUACUACGGCUAACAAUAGCAUUAAUGAUCGUAAAACGACGCGCGAGGAAAGCUCUCGAUAUACGCGGACGCGUAAACGGAAGAAUCAACGUUUUUGAAAAAGAGAAGAAGAGAAAACGCGGCGUUGGGGUUCGUUGAAUUAUGCAUUUUUACACGAGCAUAUUCAAUGCGCCCAUCUGAAUAGACGGGUCACAUCCGGGUGCUUCAUCGCACUAACGUCGGACGCGUCGUCUUGCCCUCUUUCUUGGUCUCUUGAGAUUUUUCCCUUCGAUUCUCAAAAUCGAUCCUUGUAUACACCUCGUACACAUCCGGCGUGCUCUUCGUAACACGUCUCUGUGCCAAAAUACGAGAAGAACGCGACGUAUACUUGCGUACUUUUUUAAGAUUAUACACAGCCGUCACCCGCGUAAUUAGCCGGCUCUUCGUUCUUUCUUCAUCGUAGUAGGGCGAGCGUAAAACACCGUCAAGAUUCUACGUAGACGAAUCAUCAUAUAAAUAUUAUACAUAAUAUACAUACGUAUAUAUUAUACAUAUAAAUAUAUGUACGCGUACGGGCGGGGAGAUUUAUAUAAAUAUAUACACAUAAGUGGAAAAAUAGAUAGAUAGUAUAUGUAUACACGAGAUAUACUGUGCAAUCUUUUCUCGUACACAUGUGCGCAUAUACAACACAUACGUAUACAUUCACACAUCGUUAAUGCCAUAAACGAAACUGCGGCGAUGUCGGCGAAAUCACACGCCUUUCGUACACGAUGACGACGGUCCUAACGUGACUUUUAUCGUGCUUAAAAUAAUUGCUACCGUACAUGUGUGUGUGUAUGUGUGUGUAUGUAUAUAUAUAUAUAUAUACAUAUAUACAAACACAUCCAGCCGUAUUUACACAUAUAUAAAUACACAUAUACAGGAUGCGUAGCGAUAUAGGCGAUCGACGUUGAUUAUUCCUCGUUACCGGCAAGAUAUUUACGGGUGGCACUCUAGGCGAAAAAAUAUUCCGGGGGUAUACAAGGAGUCUGAGAUUUAAUUUUAAAUAAAUUAUAAAUGCAUUUGGACUUUAAAUAAAUUAUAAAUGCAUCGUGUAUGUUUGCAAUCUAAAGUCUACGGAAACGACCCAUAAAGAUAAAAUACUGAUUGAUUCUGAAAGUGUUAAUUCAUAUCGAUGCAAUUGGAGGACUGUUCGCUCUAUAUCUCUCUUUCGGAAAACACAUGGCUAAUCGGAAUCAAGAGGCAAGACGCGCGAAAGACCUGUCAGUAAAUUUUUUGGCGGCCAAAGAAAUGUCAUGCGUUAAAAAGAGAAUAUUGCUCAAUAUUUAUCAACCCAAAUAACGCGGCAGCGCUGCUACAUUUUGCAAUUAACACCGCAGUACCGUGCACCCUGCGGAUUGAAUUACUUGGACACGAUCGCACGAUUAUUAACUAAUUAUCACGUUGCGCGCCACAGAAAGAUAUCGUCGAAUCGCUUCAUCCUUUUCUUUUCCAUCAUCGCAGGCGAAAAAUCGAAUGUGUUUACGAUCAAGUUGGCGGAUCGUCGAUCCUUUAACGAUAUUCUCCUUUGUCAUUUAGAUAAAAACUAAAAUAAAUUCGAUGCGACAAAACAUUGUGAGAACUUUGCGCGUCACUUUGAUCGUUUCUCGCAAGCGUGAUUCGCACUAUUUUAUCACAGCUUACUGCACGAAAGAUAAACUCGUCAUCGCGCCUUCUAAACGAAAAAAAUAAAUGUCCAAGAUAUAAAACGUCUGAAAUGUCUAACGUGAAAUUGCAUCUGUCAGAUGUGUCUUUCAGAUGUCUUUUGGACUUUUCGCAUCGCCAAUUGGAUUGUCGGCGCUCGACGCAGUGCGCAUACUAUGCUAGGAAGGGCCUAACAGCUAAUACAUUCGCGUAUUUAUUUUGUAUGCUUUAUUCUCCUCUUCCGUUAGAGCAAAUGUUCACCGAAAUUUUCGUCAUAAUCCUCGGAUGCGUUUGCGGGGUUUAAUUUAAACUCGGUAGUGUAUGGAUUCUUCGUGAAAUUGUUACUGAUAUCAUGCUUUUGCAUUUGUUAAUAUCUAGCGAAUAACGCGUUGCUAAUUAUUAAUUGAAAAAUUCGAAAGCAAAAUGCGCUGGUUAACGAGGAUCCUUAAAUAGUUUGACAUGAAAACGCGAUUGACAAGGAGAUCGAUUUUCUAUGUUUAUAAUUGCGUAAUUCUCUCUCGUAGAUUAGAAAAAUUUCUCUCGUGUGUUAUGUUCUGUUAGUAAGAAGAAAAUUAAUUAAAAAGUAUUAUUAGAUUAUUAGAAAUAAAUUAUGCAUGCUAUACGAUAUUGUCUCUAUACAAGAUCGUAAGUUUUGCUAAUAUCGCGACAGAAUAAAAUUAAGAAUUGAAAAAUAUUGGCGUAAACAAUUUUACACGAUCAAAUACAUACUUCAAUAUAUAAUUUACUAGUAAUAAACGACAUAGAUAUAUUUAUAUAAUCACGCGAUCGAUUAAUAUUUAUUUUAUGAUUGAAUAAACGAGACAGAUUGUCAUUUACGCAGUUGACGUGAAAUAACGCAUCCGAGGGUUAAUUGCAUGUGGCGAGAUGUAUAAAGAUCUUAUUUAUUUCCCACUAUCACACAAGCAUAUGUCUCUAUAGAGAAAUCAUAAUUACUUACAAUAAGAGCACAUAUAUUAAAGAUAAAGUGAACGAUAAUGAUCGAUAAUGAGCAUUUGUUUGCGAGUGCUUAUCGAGUAUUAAUACAACGCGAGAUACCAGCGGGAAGAAAAAGAGAAAAAAAAAAAAAAGUAUUUUUUCUCUCGUUUUUUAAAUUUUAUUUCCAUAUCGGAUUUGUAUACUGUUCCGCGCGCGCUUAUUGUAGGUACUUAAGCCACAAUUAUAUAUUGCAUUUACGAAAGCUACUUUGAACGGUGCAUUUUCGUUCACGGUGAUACAUCUAAGAAUAUCGCAAUAGAAUUAGAAUUGUAUUUGUUAUCGGGGUAUACGUUUAAUCGCGCGCGCGCUAAGUAUAAUCAAUUUUUAGGUCCCCAUCCCGUCCUUUCCUUCAUUCUAAUUGUAAACGAAGCGUUUCGGAUCGAAGGUGCGCGCUAUCGAUCCGUGCGAAUCAAGCGCGAACCAUUCGUGAUCGAAUUGCGUUUUUUUUUUAAUCUCCGUUUUCUCUCCCAUAACGCGAUUAGCGAGAAUUAUUAGUGUAAUGUUUUCUGAUGAUCCUGUACGCCAAAUCGAAUUGACUUGUUACAUUUGUAAAUGUUUGUAAGUACUACCGUACAUAUAAUAAAAUAAUCGAGUAAUAAUCAUCGAAUUAUCCU